GUGCGUUCUGUCAACGGUCAAACUCAAAUCAAAAAGCUCAAAUAUUUACUAAAAUUUGAAUUUAUAGUUUGUGAUUUGUGUUAUGUUAUGGUCUUGUGCUUAAAUCAAAAACAAUCCAGUAUCCAUAAAAUUAAGUAUUUGCCAUCUUUUCAACAUUGUUUUGUAAUUUAGAAUAAGAACAGGAUGUGUGACGAAUUAGAAAUCUUUGAAUAUUUAGAAAGCGAAUACCGUCAUGAAAAGAAGAAGCGACGCCAGUGUACUCGGGAUAUAAACAACCCUUUGAAAUUGAAUGAAAAUGAAUUUAUCGACCAGUAUAGAUUGUCAAAGGACUUAUUUUGCAGUUUGUGUAAGGAUUUAGAACCUAUAAUGCGAAGAACUAAACAUCAAAGAUCCAGUGAUUUGAGUAUAGAGACAAAGGUUUUAACAGCAAUUUAUGUGUAUGCCCAUGGGUCCUAUCAAAAACGUACUGGGAGUGCACAACAAGUUGCCCAGCAAACCGUAUCUAGUGUAUUGGCUGAGGUCACUGCAGCCAUGAACCAUAUCAAUAUGAGAAAAAAAUAUAUAAAGUUUCCUCAAACGCCAGCAGAACGGGAUGUGAAUAAAUUAAGAUUUUAUGAACAGUUUGGUAUCCCAGAUGUAAUAGGUUGCAUUGAUGCGACUCAUGUCGCCAUAAUUAGACCAUCAAUUCAUGAAGAGAGAUUUUUCUGUGAAAAAAAUUAUUAUUCCUUGAAUGUGCAAGUUAUUUGUAAUGCCAACAUGGAUAUCAUAAGUGUAGAUGCUAGUCAUCCAGGAGCCUAUCACGAUUCCUUCAUUUGGUCUCAUCAUCCUUUAAGGCCUCACUUGGAGAAGCUUAGCAGUACAGAGGCCAUAUGGUUUUUAGGAGAUCCUGCUUAUCCAAUCAGUAAAACAAUGAUGACACCAAUUUCGAAAGCAUCACCACAAACCCCAGAAGCCUAUUACAAUGAAAAACAUGCAAAGGCCUGGAACACAAUUCAGAAGACAAUAUGUGUGCUGAAGGCACGGUUCAGAUGUCUACUAGCACAUCGAGCGCUACAUUAUCAACCACAGGUAGCUGGUUCAAUUACAAAUGCAUGUGUAAUUCUGCACAACAUUUGUAAUUCAGCAAAAUUACCUGUACCAGAACUCACAGACGAUGAGUUGCAACAAGAAGUAUUGCUGCAAUCUCCAGAUUUGAAUGUGGAUCCAGUUGAUCAAGAGAAAAGUGAUUUAAAAAUUGGCAUUGCUACGAGGGAGGAGCUUGUGAAACGCCUUUGGCAACUGCGGCAGAUGGAUUAAAAUAGAUUAAAAUUGACGGCCUCCGUGGCGCAGUGGUAAAAUGCGUAAUAGUGGUGCGUGGUGGAUUUACAAAACGGAGGUCCUGGGUUCGAUCCCCGGCUGGGCAGAUUGAGAUUUUCUUAAUUGGUCCAGGUCUGGCUGGUGGGAGGCUUCGGCCGUGGCUAGUUACCACCCUAACAGCAAAGACGUACCGCCAAGCGACUUAGCGUUCCGGUACGAUGCCGUGUAGAAACCGCAAGAGGUGUGGAUUUUCAUCCUCCUUCUAUCAAGUUAGCCCGCUUCCUUCUUAGACUGCAUCAUCACUUACCAUCAGGUGAUAUUGUAGUCAAGGGCUAACUUGUAAAGAAAUAAAAAGAUAAUCAAAAAAAAUAACAGACUUCAAAAUCACAAAAAUAAACUAAAAAGCAAAAAUAACAUCGUAUGUGCUACCUUCUGAUCACUUUGAAGGCGGUGCUAAGCCAGUGACGUGUUUAUUAAAGCCGUUUCUGAAAGAACCACGGGAAAGAACUGGUUUUGAAUCCUAAAAGUUUAUGAUUUAAUCGGCUGCGUAAAAUUGCCCGUACUGUGGCGGUUUCAUUAGUGAACGAAAGCGCCAGUAAAAUGGACAUGUGCUGUAAUAUAAAACCUUAAUCGUCCGUCUAAAAACGAACGGUGCUUUUUUAAACCUUAGCAAAAAGUUUUUAUGUCAGAAAGUGCUCAAUAUUUUAUGGACAAAAAUUUACUUUGUGAGAUAAAAUAAUUUACUUUGUGAGAUAAAUUAAUUUUUGUGAGAUAAUAAACAUUUAAUU